AUACGUAGUUCAAUUAUGUGGUUAAUAUGUUUUAUUAUUACAAUUGUUUUUACAACACUUUCAGGUCACGUGUUGGACUAUAAUAAGUGGUAUCAUUAUCAUUAUGCUGCUGAAAUUGCAAGACCGGUUUUGGACACUGGUAGUCCCAGGACUAAUCUUUUUCUUGCGUGUGAAGUGAUUAUUGCAGGAACUGGAAUAUUUUUAUUUGAGAUGAAGUUGAACUUGUGCAGUCUGACUCUUAAGGAAGGAAGAACUCCUAAUGGGAAAAUAUUGAGGAAAAAAACGAUGCUUUUUGACCUCUCAUUAUAUCCUCUGUAUUUCUUAUUGGAUGAGCAUGGCAUAAGUGAGGUGUUCACAAACAGCAAGGAGAAAGAGAACUCUGUAAACUUGAAGAAGGGAAUACUCUCUGCUUUUAAUGUUCUGAAAGUUGAUAUACUUACAAACACAGAAAGAAUUGUGAAGAAUCGUCGAGACCUGUAUGGAAUAUGCAGUUGGAAAAUUAUCCCAACUGUUGGGGAUAAUGGAGAACACAUAAGGAUACUAAAGAAUAUAUUUGAUGACUGUAGUUUUGAAAGCUCAUCAGAUCUUCAGAAAGUUGCUUUUUGGGUUUCCAUUUUGAAUAAACUGGGUAUUUUCAAGGAAUUUGCAAGUUCAAGUGUUGAAUGCAGUUAUGAAGCAUAUGCACAAGACUUCAGAGUGAACAAAAUAACCUGCUUUCAAGACCUAAAUAUCCAACUUUCAGUAUUUAACAUUUCUGAAACUAGAAUGAGAUACAGACUUCAGCUGAAGAACUGGGGAAGAUCAAAAUCACAUGAAAAUAUACUUACUAGAAAUAAUUCUGGGCUGUUGAGGAGUACACUACUGAUGAAGAGUUUAGACCGCAUCUUCAGAAUUCCCAAAAACCCUGUAAAUAAGAUUUUAUCAGAAUUAACUAUUUUAUCCCAGUCACAGUUUAGACUUUCAACUCUUCAACUUUUCCGAGAUUUUGUAGUGCAGUUGCACUUGACCACUGAUGUACAACCACUUGUUGAUAGUGUAGAGUCCUGCCAGUUCUUUGAAACACCUAUGACAUGCACAAAAGCAAUAAAGGAUGCUGCUUUUACACUUCUUAAAGAUGCUCUAUUUCAAUGUUGUACCUUACACUGUGCAAAAGGAUUACUGUCAUUGGUUGCUCGUGGUUAUUACUUUUCCUUACAUGAAUUAAAUUUCAUGUUUUUUCCUUGCAUUGAUCUCAAAGGACAAACAGAUCACCAGAUUCUCUUACAAAUUAUGGAAUUCUGCCAAAAAACCCAUUUACAAGGCUGUUGGCUGUCAUUGGGUAACAUUAUCAGAAAGCUGAAGGACAAAAACAAAGUAGAUCUGGAUGAGAAUAAGAAAAUAAUAGAAAUUGUGACCUGGAUAUACCAUAACCUUGAUCACCAUUUGAAUGUAACAUCCACAAAUGUUUCAGAAAAAAGUAAAGGAGACAAACAGACCAUCCAUUUACUAACCAUGCUGAAGGUUACUCAAAAUAUUGGUGAGAUAGUGCAGGAAAAGUUUCCAGAAGUCACUGAGAUUUUUCUGAAGGCUGCAAAAAACAAGAAAUUUCCUGUUUAUCUUCAAACUUGGGUCAUUCAGGCUCUUGAAAGGAUGAACACUGAUAAAAUAUACCAAGAAUUGUGUGAUAUUCUAAAAGAUGCUGGAGAAGCUCUGGAACUACGCAUUUCCAUUUAUAAACUUUUAUUUAAACAAAAAGUAGAGAGUGAUUUAUUUUUUGAAGACUUGAAGGAUGUCAUAGAAAAUGAAGAUAAGGGAGAAUUUAAGUCUUACAUUGCAUGGGAUAUCAUUUGUCGAAUAGAUGAACUACAAGAUUAUUUAGCUGAUCAUUUUGUCUUGGAGCAUGGAGCUACAUUUCAUUCCAGUAAGAGUGUGCUCUUAGAGAGGCUGAAGAUGCUUUUAGAUACCACAUCAUUGACAGUUGAAAAUAAAACUGAUCUUGAUCUUGAAGGAAAACUAGCAUUUGUUCACGGUAAUCUACAUCUUAGUGAUAUGCUUGGUGUACACUGGGACUCUGUGAAGAUUACCAACGAUUUCUCAUAUUUUGCUGUCUUUAAUGUUACCAUAAAAUUAUUUGAACAUAUGGUUCAUUUGUUUGAGACUGGUACUUUUGGAAAUGAUUGGAAGACUUUAAUGGACUUGCCGAUGCGGGAUUCCUUCUUUGAAGAGCCAGUUUUUUUUAUAAAGAAAUGGGUUAAACAGUUUUUUCUAUUCUUCAGUAAUAAACCUGAAAAGGAUACUUCACAUAUUAUAAAUGAGAAGUUAAAGUUUCUAAGAUUCCUUCAAGAGAAUAUUAAGAAUUGGCAUCACAAACUUUUCCAUUCUGAUAGAUUAGAGAUGCCAUCAUUGUUGCAUUAUUUGAAAUUAUUGGGAAGAGAUAUUGGACUCUUUACAUUUCAAGAUAUCAAGGAGUAUGCUGAAAUUAUUUUUAGACAGCUUCAGAAAGAAAAACAAGAUUUUUAUUAUAAUACAACAAGAAUAAUAGAAUUAGUUGAUUUGAACUACAGAUUUCCAACAAUAAUAGGAUGGCCUCUUCUGUUGAAGUUUAAUGCUCUACUAGGUGUGUCACCACAGGUAUAUACUCACGCACACUUCAGUUUUAAGUCCAAUCAAGAAAAAACAUUCAGUGGAAGUUUCUUUCUGCUACCAAGUGCAGGUUUCACUGUGACCAAUCAAGUGAUGCUGGAUGUUCCAUACAUGACAUGGACUGGUAUUCAAUCCAACCAAUCAUUAUAUAUGUCAACCCAAUGGGAAUUUACACUGGAUGUAGUGAAUAGACACGAGUAUAAAUUAUCUGUUAAAGAGCCUAAGAAGGAGCAGGAAUAUUUCAAAGUUUUCCACACAAUCCAUUAUAUUAAAUUUGAACACGAAAAAGAAAUGCCAGAAGAGAAGUUGGGAAUGGAACAAAUGGAGAUUGAAAAGGAAGGAUCAAAAAGUAAAAAAGGGAGGAGCACAGACGAGAUAAAAGAGUGUAAGAAAAGAAAAAUAGCAGAAGAAGAAUAUAAAGAGAGAAUUGUAGGAGAGUGGUGCACUAGUGAUUCUUUGAGUGCAGUACUGGGAAGACAGGCGUGUUACAGAAAUUCCUUGAUAGAAGUAGAAGGUUUACCUCCUUGUAGCUUCAUUAUCACCUCAAGUACAUGGAGUUUCGUUAGUAAGUCUUAUGACAAUGAAUUAGAUAACUAUAAUGUUAUCUAUACUCAUCUUCCUUCAAACAAGGGGAUUUUCUCUUCUACUAUAAAACUGUUUGCAACAGGUUCUAUGUACAGAAGAGAAAUAAAUUUGAAGUUAGAAGCAGAUCUGAUUAAAAGAGAAGGUACUGUUCAAGUGUCUGCUCCAGAGUGGCCUUGGUGGAAGCUUUAUGUUUCUACAUAUUCACUUCAGAAAAACCUGACAUCUGGAUGUUACUCUCUAGUUUUAUUUGAGUUUACUGAAGGUAAAAAGUACAAAAUUUCAUACAGUAGUGAGAAAAGCCAGAAAAGAGACAUCAUAUAUAGAAAUGAAACCAGACAGAUUAUUCAUGUCUUGACUGACUUGAAACAUAAAAAAGUGGAGUUUGAAACCCCAUAUAGUAGCUAUUCAUGUGAAAAAAGGAACAUGUUACAGCACAGAAGUAAAACUGCAGAGGUGGUGUUUUCAUAUGAAAGUUUAGACCAUUCAAAUAACUUGGAAUGGUUGGUGAAGGUCUUCCCUUCAGAAUUUUGGGAUGGAAAAAACAAGAUCUGGGUAAAGUUAAGAGCUUCUUGGGAAGAGCAAGAAUCAUUCUACACACUUACAACUCCAAAUUCAGAUUUUCAAAUGUGUUCUACAUCUAGCAGUAUUGAUAGAUACUCCUUGAGAUCUGUGAAGAUUGUUCAUGCUAGAAGACUGUUGGAGGACUCAAGGACAUUGGCAGAAAUUAUGUACUUGUCAAGGAAUUUACUCAGCACUUCCAAGGAUGUCAGCUUGUACAUUGUGUCUUUCCCCGAAUUUUCUUGGAUCCUAAAAUCAACUAGCUCAGAAAACAAUAAUGGAACACUGAAGCAGAAUUUUUGGAACCUCUGUAAAGUAGCAGGUGUUACAUCUCUAAAGAAGAUAUUGGAAGAAGAAAGCAGCCAAGCAGAACAACAUGGAAGAUGUAAAGAUAGGAUUAAGCUCCACGUUACUAGAAACGUUAAUUUCAAGGACUUGAAAUAUGCAACUCGCCAUCUGACCAAUACUACAAAAUUUACCAUUGACAGUGAAUAUAUGAAAGGCAGUUCAACAUCAGUCAGUUGUACUUUUUUCUUGCCUAAUAAUGAAGAAGUUGUACAGUUUCAGGGAGUUUAUAAGAACUUUGAAUCUACCUCAAAAUCUUAUUUUAGAAGUUUCUAUGAAGAUAGCAAGCUUCUGAUCUUUCCAGCUGAUAUAAUAAUAAAAUCUCAUUCACAUUAUGCUGUACUUCCUAAUCGCCAAGUGGUCAUCACACACAAGUCUACUUUGAAUCAGAUAUCCACUGGAAGAGGGACUGUUUAUGAUCUAACAUUUGACCAAACAAGGUCAAGAUGUGCAGCUUUCAAACUUCAACACAGUUUUUUGUCAUCAGCUGUGAAUUUUUCAUCCAGUAUUGUUAAGCAGUGUAAAUCAAAAUCUUCAAGUGGUUCUCUAAUGUUCAUCAGUAUAAACACAGCCUCAGAAAUGUGGGACAUGUUGAACUCUGAAUUACAACAGGUAUUUGACUUUGAUAAUCCUGGAGGUGAAUCAAUGAAUUUCUCUCAUCCAUUUCUCACAAUCAAUGUAACUGGUAGGUGGAAUCAAGGUAAAGAUGCUCUGUUUCAUGAGAAAAAAGCUAUUUUUACAAGUGAGACUAGUAUAUUACCCAGCAUGAUUUGGAACUUCUCAAGGAAUAAGCUUGGCUGGAACUUUUCCAUAAGUGAUAAAGAGACUGUGGAUCAAUUGUUUCGUAUUUUUGUGAAGUCAAACCAGAAUGAUAAUUUUAUAAUAUAUUUUGGUAAAGUCUACAAAAUGGAGGAUUUGGUUGAACAGCACUUCCUAAAGCUAAGCUACAUAUCUCCAUAUUUAGAGAGAAUUUAUCUUCAUGGGACUGUUGACACAGAAUAUAUUAAACAUUUGGCAACAAAGGCUAAUUGUAGCAUUAGUGCUUUAAUGAACUGGCUUGUAAAAGUUUUUGAAAAUGAAGAACACAAGUUAAACCAGAUGUUAAUACCUGUCAUCAAAUCAUCUGUUGCACAGUGUUUUAAGAACAUAGGCAAGAAGGUAAGAGAAUCAAAAGAAGAAAUUCAAGAGUAUUGGCUGAAGUCUGAAUCUGCUUAUCAACCUUGGAUUUCUCUUAUUAACAACCUUGUUGAUGAAAGAGAGUUCAUAAUAUCCUGGCUUGAAGGUUGUCUUCCUGAUGGUAAGAUAACAUCAUUCCAAGCAUUAACUACAUUGCUGACGUUGGUACCUAUGGAUCUAUUGAAGCUACAAAGUCACAGUCAGGGUAAUACUACAGCUUUUUCUGUUGGUGUAAAACAUUUUGCAAUCUGGAAGAAAUUGGUUAAGGCUACAUGUUUCAUACCAACUGCUACGUGUCAGCCUGAAAAUAAAACUACUACAGAGAGACAAGCAAUGAAGAAGAAAGUAGCUGUACUGUGUAGCACAGAGCACGUAUCAACUUUUGAUGGAGUAAGUUUUAGCUUAUCCCAUUUCUGGCCAAACAACUGUGCAUAUCUUUUAGCACAUGACUUGUGGGAAGAAGACUUUUCUGUGGUCUUAAACAACUCCUCUCUUCUUGUGGUAACUUCUGAAGGAAUGGUUGAACUUUUACUUGGUGGACACAUCCUGGUUAAUGGAAGUGCUGAACAGCUAAGUUUUCCUGUUGAAUUUGGUUUGAAGUAUCCUCUGAGAAUAACUAGGCUUGACAAAUUUAUCCACCUCAAGGUGAAAGGCUUGAACAUUGGCUGCCACAGUGACAGAUUAAUGUGUGCUUUUUCAGUGGAUGAAGAUUGUUAUACAGGUGUUUUUGGACUCCUUGGGAACAUUCAGUGCAAAACUAUGAAGAAUUACUUACCAGGAACUCGCAGUUCUGCUUUGAAAAACUUGGCCCAGCAUCUAAGGAAUUAUGAAAUGUCUAAUAAUGACUGUUGUGUCAAGGAUGGAAACAGCAUGAACAUAUGGCUACAACAGCCUUUGAAUAAAGAGAAAUCUUGCCCAGUUAGAUCAAGAUGUCCAUUCAGGAAAUCCCACACUCACAAAUUGAAAGCACAAGAUGACUGUUAUGAAUAUCCAGCUGAGUCAAAAUGUUCUUUCCAAGAGAAACAAAGUAACUCCUUGAUGGAGAACAUGUUCAAAACACUGGUCAACUUCUGUGGUGAUAAACCUUUGUCAGGCACAUGCCAUGAAGAAACAACAUCAAAUUCUGAUGCUAUUAUGAGUGGAGAUGUUUCAGAAGUGCAACUAGUGAUAAUCCUCGAUGGACACACCUCCAUUAAGUGCUUUGGUGAUUUUAUGCCAUGGCAAGGCCUAGAAAACUUGUUAAACCUCACCAAAAAUGCAUUAACUUCCAGUGGCUUUAAAACUAUCAAGUAUGCACUGGUUAGUUUUGGAGGAAAAGGUGUUUAUCAUCAGCCUCAUCUGCACUUCUUCAACAGCUCUCAUUGGAUGUCUCAUCAUGACUUUGUUAUCUUGUGGAAUAGCAAUGUGUGUCUCUUACAAGUCAGAUUAAAAACAAGUAAUUGGCCAAAAGUUGAACCUAUUGAAGCCUUGAAUUAUUUGGUCGAAACAGUGUCGUUUACAAAAAAAGCAGUGAAAAUGAUCUGGUUUAUUACAGAUGAUGACGGUGAGGCUAAGAACUCGCCUAUUCUCCCUACAAACAGAAGAGUUAUGGAUUUCUUAAAGCAGAGUGAUAUUACUCUCUACAGUUUCUUCCCUUACUCAUCUCUGUGGCAUACUGGUGUUGUGGGUAUCAAAAAGGAUGGGUUUGCAGUUUCUAACAGACAUCCAACAGAAAGUGUGGAGACUCCUCAUAAUGCUUACACUGAUCUUACAUUCUUCUCGGGUGGUGUAACUUUCAGCCAGGAGUGUCUUUACAUUAAUGCUACAAAUUGUAAUCUAAUUGCUUCCAUGAUUACUUCUAAGGCCAAGGAAAAGUCAUCUGUGUAAUCAUUAAUUCACACUUGCAUUUAAUGAUUGACAGUGUUGUGUGGUUGAAAAUGUUAUAUCUUAGUUUUAAUGGGAUUUGGGUUCUUUACCUGUCAACAUAACCAAACUGUGUUGUCAAUUUAAGUACAUGUCAGUUUGUUUUUAAAUAUAAAGAAAUUAUUUUUUAAACUUUGUCAGAAAUAUCACAAUUAGUUGAUUUA